UACUCGCCGUUGGACGAGUGCAUCUUUUUGUUUGUGUGCUGGCAUUUUAGCGGAGUUUUGUUUUCUUUGACGAGCCUGACGGCCGCGAUCACGGAAUUCUUUAUCAAAUUCGAAACAAGGACGGAUUGCAUCCACCUCUCAAGUGUAAUUUACGUGCUAAGCAAGUGCGCGCAUUCACAGUGUUUACGUGCAAUCAAAUCGUUACGGAGAAGUGAAUCCAAUUAGUGGAAAUUGGGGACGAAAAAUUCCAGAGAAGCAGCGAAAGAAAUAGCACGGCCCCACAGCAUCGUGUCGAGUUCGGGAGCAUUCUCUGCAACGCGUUUGGAUUUUGACACUUUGGCGUGAGAUUCGCCGGGACGGGUUUCACGGUGCCCGGAAGCGGCAGAGCUUUCGCGCGGGAUCCUCGUGAAUAAUCGGCUACACCCCCUGCGAUGGUACUUCGCUGCCAAGGAGAGGGACUCCGAAUUGCGUAGCGAGCGUACCCACGGAUUACGCCAAAUUUCCAACCUCAAACCGGGCGGGCGAGAGCCGCGAACUUGCUCAGGACGCCAGCAACACCUUCGCCGGCCGAUAAGAUGCUUGUCACGCACGUGCAGGCCGUGGGGCCCUUCUUGCGGGUAUUUGGACAGUUAGACGGGGAAAGAACGCAGGAAAUACAGGCGGCGAUCAACUCGGUCAUCGCGCUUAUAAGCCAAACAAAUCCCUCGCCGGUGCCGAAGCUGGCGGAGCUCCCCGUGGAGACAAUCUGCCUGGCUCGGUUCAUGGGCAAACAGUUCAAGCGGGCGCGCAUCAUCGGACACCGGGGCCCCAACGAGGUUUUUGUGCAGUUCAUCGAUUACGGAAACGAGUUCAACGUGAAGAUUCAUGAGAUUCGAUUACUGAAUUUCCAAAGUCGGGAGGUGGAAAUUAUACAAACAAUGCCAACUCAGGCAACUCCCUUUAUUCUAACAGGGAUUUAUUGUCAGUGGACACCGCAACAAAUGAAUGAAUUGAAUGCAGAUCUUGGUGGGCAACUAGUAACUGCUCUCACGGACGCAAAGUUUUCUAUAUUGCAGCUCGGUACCUUUACGUUCAUAACGAUAAUUUGGCGUAAUGAAAAUCUCGUAAAUUAUUUAGUCCACAUAAAGAAGUUUGGAACUUUGAUAAGCUUAGAAGAGCAAACAAAUACAUUUUAUACAAUAUUAAGUAAGUCUCAAAGGCUUGUGACAAAACCGAGUAAUUUAACCGCAAAUACUCAUUCAAUUAAAGCAAAAUCGCGUGGCUUGGUGCCCGUACGACAAUUGCAUUCUGCAAUCCCUCCGCCUCAAGUAAAUUUGACACCGAUUAGUUGCCCAAUACCGCCUCCAAUUUCAAUACCACAUACUAUGACAUCACCGAUAAUACAAGCACCGCAAGUUAUCCGGAUGCCGUAUAAAAAAGUGGUGUCGCCCAAUCGGCGCAAUGAUAUCUCGACAUUGUCAUCACCGCCGAAGCGAUCCGUAGUCACCUUUAAGUCUAACACACUGAUGGUUUCAAAUUUUUACGAUGUAUAUUGUUGUUUUGUUGAGAAUGGGCCGUGUGUUUUUUCAGUUCAUUUAAAAUCGACCACAGAGGAACUUAACGAAAUGAUGAAUGAAAUCGAAAGUAUCCCAUUGUCGAAUUUGAGCGAACGACCGUCAAUCGGUAUGGCUUGCAUAGCAAGAUAUUCCGAAGACAAUCAUCUCUAUCGAGCCGUGAUCAUGACAAUAAAGCCAACCUCAUGUCAGGUAGCCUACGUGGAUUAUGGUAACACAGAGAAUGUACCAUUCGCAGAUCUUUAUGAGAUUCCGACAAGCCUCUUAGAUCAGAAAAUCUUUGCAAUCAGGUUCGCUUUAUCCGGUUAUAAAGAGCUGGAACCGCUUGAUGAUAGUUUGAAGAAUGCUUUCAAAGAUAUGGUCUUACACAAGGAUUUACGACUGAAAGUCAUGCCCUUAGAAGGUCCUCCGUUAGUGCAGUACUGUGAAUUGUAUGAUGGCAAUAUCAACAUUUUAGAGGCUUUGAAAAAAUACAAAAAUAGAAAACUUUCAUAUUCAUCACCGCCUCCGCUAAAUAAUAAUGACGUCGUUGUAAUACGUUAUGUAGAGUCUCCAAAGAAGUUUUUCAUUCAAAAAGUUGAUAGUAUACGGGCUUUUGAACAAAUGAUGGACGAUUUAUUUUUAUAUUGUAAGAAACGGAGUACUCCACUACAGAAAUUCACAAAAGGCUCUGCAUGUGCAGUGAAAUUUGAAAACGCUUGGUAUCGGGCGGAAAUUUUGGGAAUGAAUCAAAACCGAAUACACAUCCGCCAUGUAGAUUUCGGGAAUGAAAGAAAUGUGGAACCCGGUCAGCUCAGUGCGAUUUCGGAGCGUUUAGUUAAAUUUCCAAUUCAAGCCACAAAGUGCUGCUUGAAAGGAUUUGAAAACACAGAAUCUCUUAGUGAAUCAGCCACAGUGCAGCUAGAAAUGCUGGCCGAAAAUGAGAACAACGAACGGAGGCAUUUCAAAUGUCAAAUUUAUCAAAUCCAGGAGGAUGGAACUAUUUUAGUAAACCUAAUCGAUGAAAAAAUGAGGCCAGAACUGAAUCUAAUGAAACGUCUGUACAAACUCAGUAUGCCUUUUAAUAAGUACAUUGGUUUAGAGAAAGAAGAAUACCCCUACCAGCAGAACCUUCCGGCAAUGAAACCUGUCCCAGAUUUUAUAACAACGCCGCUGAUUUACAACUCGACCUCAUCUAAUGGGGAAGAGCCCGGAACCACUAAUCAGUUGAAUACUGAUUGGGAUGUUAGGAGUUCCCACUCCGCGGCUUCCAGUGACUCAAAGGAUCGUUCAAGUCCUUCUGAUUAUCAACGAGACAAUCGUCGCCAAAACCACCACAGUCCCAAUUCGCAACGCCAAUUUAAGGAUAAUAGCAACAAAAGGGAAUCGCCAUAUACAACUUUUAAAGGGAAAAAUAGUAAUUUACCUCCGCGCUUCCAGAAGCAGCAGGAAGAAAAUAGAAAAUUCAAAGAGAAUCGUCUCAGCAAUUCCUACGACCAAAAACAUUAUAAUUCCAGUUCGGACAGCUAUAAAAGUCCGUCACCCAUUCUUCAACAGCAAGUCAUGCCCCAAUCUAUGACCGGUGACAGCGAAUGGGAGACAGAACCACAAAAGUUGUUAACUUCUUCAAAAGUGUCAAGUUCGCCUUUGAUAACGACUCGCGAAGAAUAUGUUUCCCUUAAGUAUACAUAUCCACGCUCUGAUCUUAUCGUACCAUCGCGAGAAGAAGUUAUCCUCUGCUGGUGGGUGUCGCCCCAUCAAUUCUAUACACACAACUGUACAAAUGUUUCCAAAUUCGAGAUUUUGAUGCGAGACAUACAGAUAUUUUACAAGAACAAACCUCCAGCCACCAAUCAAUCUUUUGAAGUCGGUUCGAGUAUUAUCGCUCGUUAUCAUAAGGACCAGGUUCUGUAUCGAGCCUUAAUAUUGGCCCACAAUGAAGCCUUACAAAAGUACCGAGUGGAGUUCGUUGACUUCGGAAAUCAGGCAACAAUCACACCAAAUGAUAUUUGGCUUUUGGAAAAAAGAUUCAGUGAAUUUCCAAUUAUGGCACAACUUUGUGGAUUCGAAAAUGUCGUUUCGAAUUUCGAACAUAGACAAAUUACAAGUCAAGUGGAAAAGUAUUUGAAGCCGGAAUUAAAGCUGUUUUGCAACUAUCAGCGGAAGGAAAAUAAUAUGUGCUACGCAGAUAUUGAAGUGAAUGGACGGUCCCUACGCGAUUUGCUGGUGCAAGACGGUUCACUAUCCGUCGUUGAGCCAAAUCUUAGCCUUGAAAUGCUAUCGGGGCAACAGAUACGUAUCAAAAUCGUGUCCAUAAAGGAUUUGCUCAAUUUUCAAAUAGAAAUCGAGGGAUGCAAUUUGAAACUCAUGAGCUCAUAUAACGAUAUUAAAUUUGUGAAAUCGAAUGCACAUCUCUCGACGGAAUUUAAAUCCAACUAUGAAGGCAAAUGUUGCAUCGCAGAUGUUAUAGAUGUAUCGAAGGAAAAAAUAUUGAUGCUGCAACCUAUUAUACCAUUAUUCAUCAACGACAUAUCGAAGAAAAUUUGUGAAUAUCCAGUUGUCUACCGUGAAUUUGAUGUGAAAGUUGCGUUCAUCGAAACGGAAAAUAUCAUCUAUGUUCAUCCAACUGUUGUUGAGGAAAAACUUGGUGAAAUGCUGGAUGCAAUGUAUAACUUUUACAGCACACAAGGUUUGCCUUUGAAGCAUUACAACGUGGGAACCCUGGUCGCUGCCCUAUCUUCAGACGGAAAUUGGUACCGUGCUAAAAUCGUAUCAUUUGAUAGCAACAAUUUCAGUGCAGAAGUAUAUUACCUGGAUUACGGAAAUAUCGAGUUAAUCGAAAAUAAAGACAACAUUCGAGAACUUGAUCAACAAUUCUAUGAAUGCAGUGCCUUAGCAAUUCGCUUUUACUUCCCAAUCAAAAGCAAUAAAGCGAAUGACACCGCAGUAGAUACAAUUAAGUCACUAACAGAAAACUAUGUACUAACGUUGUCAAUUGUGGAGCGAUACCAAGGGUGCUGGAUAGCUGAUAUUCAGUCAAACAGCCACUCCCUCAUAAAUGUAUUGAAAAAUGACUAUUCGCUGACCAAUGGCAUAGACAUCGAACAUGCCAAAAACAUUAUUGAUAAUGAUACCUCGGUCGAAAUUAUUCCUCAAAGUCCUGACAUAUCUAAUAAAACCCAAUCCUUCGAGGCAGAACCAGUUACAGCUGUUUCCAGUGUGACAGAAGUUGGCAACACAGCCUCUGGCAUCGUUACCACCAACGAGCGGAACGAAGUCCCUGAAGUUCCUAAUGAUAUGACAGCCGGCUAUUUGAGUCAUUGUGAUAAUCCUGGACGAUUCUUCUUACACCUCGCUAGUACAUAUCCUGAACUCCAACAGUUGCAAGACAACAUUCAGAUUGUAGCCGGAAGUUUACCUCCACUAAUGACGUCAGUCACUGGGGCUUUAUGCAUCGCUCUUUAUACUGUCGAUGAGACCUGGUAUCGGGCGAAAAUAAUCGAUAGCGAGAUAAUGGCUGUACAGUUCAUCGAUUACGGGAACACAGAUGUGCUUACGGAUAGUUCAUAUGUGAAGGAGAUGAAUGAGGCAUUUGCCGGUAUCCCACCAUUUGCCAUUCCUUGUGCAUUGCCCAUUUCUCCAAGAAACACAACAGACUGGGUUGAUGAAGCUAACAACAUAUUCAAUGAGGCUUAUGAUAAGACUGUGUACUUCAGCUACAUCACUCAGAAUCCGAAAAAGAACUAUGUGAACCUGAAAAUCGAUGGGCUGAACAUAGCGGAAAAACUGAUAGCUGAUGGUCUCGCAAGAAAGUUGGAGGUCUUGAAAUCAGGGGAAAAUGGCUUCGUGAGCCAUAUCAAUAGUCUUUCAGACUUCUAUAUCCAAAUGGAGUCAUACGCAGAUGGCUUGGAGUUGAUUGCAGGGCACCUCUCGGACUACGAAAACUUUAAUGUCCUUACUGAUAACUCUGUAGGAAAUGUAUGUGCUGCAAUUUUCCCUGAGGAUAACUGUUGGUAUCGUGCCAAAAUCUUGUCGCACACUCCAGAUGGAACAGAAGUUUUAUUUAUUGACUACGGAAAUACGGCUAUAACGUCAGAACUGCGGGAAAUUUCAACUGAGAUAGCCAAUCUCCCAUUCCUGUCUAAGAAAUGUUCCCUCCGGAUGCCUGACCACAUUCUUGGUUGGUCAGAUGAAGCUGAAGCUAUGUUCCAUGAACUGUCUGCAAUGGGAGAAACUGUUUUCGUCGUAGAACUUAUAGAGCCAUCGGAUCACGCUAUUAUCGAUUUGUAUAUUGGAAAGAGGAACAUUCUAGAGGAUCUCGAACCACUAUGUGAUAAGCGACCAAAUAUUGAAAUGGAUCUCAAUUCAAGCAUGGGUAAGGAUGAUUUCGCUUUGCACGAAAGCAUCCAUGAACCGAAAUUGGAAGAGGUGGGCAUCAGUCAUGUUAGUUCUCCCACUGAUUUCUACGUUCAUUUGUUGUCCGAAAAGGACAAAUUGGAUCAAGUCCUAGAAGCAUUGAACUGUGGUGAACUGGGUGAGCCAAUACCAAAGCCCGAAAUUGGAAUGAUUUGCAGCGCAUUGUUCAGUGACGAUGGAGCUUUCUAUCGAGCCGAGGUGUUGUCGAUCGACGAAAAAGAAGGUAGCAAGGUCAUUUUCAUUGACUACGGGAAUACAACAACAAGUAAAGAACUCUAUGCGCUACCGAAAAAUUUAAAUACGAUUCCCGCUCUAGCCUAUCAGUGCACAUUAGAUCCGCAUGGACCUUUAGACCUUGAAUCAAAAUCAACCGUAGGACGUUUCCAACAAGUAACUAACGAACUUGCCGAAGAUAUACUCAAAAUUGAUAUAAUAAAUCGCUCAGUGAGACCUUGGGUAGUAUCUCUACAAUGUAAUGGUUUAAAUAUCUAUGAUGAACUGGAGCGGUUACACACUACUGAAAACCGUGAAGAAAUCUCUUCCAAUAGCGAAAGCAUUGCAAAGGGUAUAGUUGGAGAUGUAAUUGAAAAUGCUGUGUCAGAAAUUCAAGUAUGUCACGAAAUGGUAGAGAAAGUUGUAGAUGAUGCGAUGAAUUCAAUCUUGGAUGGGAAACAGCCUUUAAAGGGAGAUAUGAACCAAAGCAAAAUUGAUCAGGAAGAUGUUACCAUGAUUAGUUCCAGUAAUAUGGAUUCUAGUCACGAUAAAGGAAAGAAAGUAAGUGAUGAUUUUGAAUCUACUGUCGGUUCGAGUAAUUUCGCCCUAAAUGAGAAGACGGCAACAACAGAUGUGAAUUCGAAAUCUGGUGUGAUUUUGAAUGUAACUGUAACUCAGGCGUAUGAUGUACAUGAUUUCUAUAUCCGUCUAUGCUCGGAUGAAGGCAAUCUGCAAGAUAUACAGGCACAACUUCAGAAAUGUUCGACGCUUGAGAAGUUUGAAAAGCCGGAAGUUGGGUGCAUUUGUGCGGCUUUAGACCCCGAACAGAAUAUUUACAAUAGAGCUAGAGUCAUUUCUAUACAACAGAAUGGCGAAUAUCAAGUUGAACUAAUCGAUUCAGGAAUUCGCUUUUGUACUAAAGAUUUGCAUAGUUUGCCUGAUGAUUUAAAGAAAGCACCUGCACUAGCAAAACGUUGUGCACUUAAAAACAUCGACAAAAGUCAGCUUGAAAAAUCGAAACUAUUCAAACAUUUCAUUGAAUCAAAUUCAACCAAAAAAUAUCAAAUGACCGUUUUCGAUGUCUCACGGGAUGUCUGGAUUGUAAGUCUUUCCUCUAACGACGUAGACGUGCAAGACGAACUGGAAGCAAUAGGGAUCGUUCACGAAGUAAUAGAUGCCUCUGUUGAAGAAAUGUUCAAAGAUGCUGUUGUGAGCCAUACAAACUCCCCUAAUGAUUUUUACAUACAAUUGUCCGCUGAUGUAAAGAAUCUGGAACAGAUAACUGAAAGACUUUACAGUGCCGUGAAUUUUGAAAAAAUUUCUGAUCCAAACGUAGGAAUGCUGUGCGCAGCACUUUUCCCUGAUGACGGGGCUUUCUAUAGGGCUCAAAUACUCUCAAUUAGCGAUGACAGUUCCUUUGAAGUUCUAUUUAUAGACUUUGGUAACGUUUCAAUCAGUGAUGAUAUACGUCUCCUUCCUGAUGAUCUUGGGAAAAUUGAAUGCAUCGCGAAGCAAUGUGCAUUGGAAAAUACUUCAGAGAUUGACUUUUGGUCACAGGAAGCAUACGAGGCCUUUAGUGCUCUAGUCGCGUCCCAUUUGGGCGAAACAUUCCAAAUAGAGGUCAAGUCAAAUACUAAUUCUCCGUGGAUUGUAAAACUAUUUUAUCAAUCUUCGGAUUUACACGACGACCUGAAGAAACUAAUGCAAGAACAGCAAACCUUGGGAAUUAAUGAUUCGUCCGACGUUUGGGAGGAGGCAAAAGACUCUAGCGGGGCUAUUAUUGCCAAUGAAAUAAUUGAAAAUUUAAUCGAUAGACUUGCUCUACCCAAUGGUGACGGAUCGAAAGAAUCCACCGAAUCUAUUGCAAAUGAUGCUAACCUUAACGAUACAUCCAAUUCGGAAAUGUCUGCCAGUAGCGCUCUGACCUGCGAUCAGUUAGCUCAACAACUAUGGGAUGGACUACACAAACUUGGCAUAACUGACUCAAAUUUGUUGCAGAGGAGCAGUAGUGCGUCCAAUUUAUGUGAUAACAAACUUUCAAAAACUUCGAAUUCUGUCACAGCUUUAUUAUCUGAACAAAGUGAUCCAACACGAUCUAAAUCUGUUGAAUGUUUUAUUGAUAAUAAUUAAGAAGUGGAACAAGCUAUUCAUUGCGAAAAAUAUAUAGUUUAUGAGAAACAAGAGAAAAUCUAAAAGCAAAAACAAAGUGAAUAUUUCUGGAUGAAUUCGAUUUUUUUUAUUUGUUUUUUACUGUUUUGAGUUUCAUUCUAUUGAGCUAUUGAAAUAAGCUAUUUUUUAUCGUUAAACAACAGAAGUCUAGUAUACUAAAAUCAAAUCUAUGUAUUACAUGCUAUAUUAUAUAAAAACCAUACUGAGUUGCUUAUGUUUCAUUAUUCUACGUAUUUUACUAAUAAAAGUGUUUGAAAAUGUG